CCAAACAGAAAUAUGGGAAUUUUCACAAUGCUCUCUACGCCACUUUGCCUCAUUUUCCUCUUCCUCUACCUUAAAACUACCUUCGCAUCCUCUUUACAUGCUUCUUCCUUCUCAACAACACACCUCUGCUCUCAUGAGGAGGCUGCUGCUUUGUUGCAAUUCAAGACAUCCUUUUCCAUCAAUUACACUGUUUGUUAUACUGAAGCUAAUUAUUCUAAGAUUGAGUCUUGGAAGGAAGAGCUCUUAUGAGAUCGUUAAGUGAAAAAACAAUGAUCUGGUUGGUGACCAAGAGGGUGCUUGCGGUGGAGGAAGUGGUGAAUGCAAGGUACGGAGUGAUUGAGCAGUGGCCAUUGUUGUUGAUGAAUGUGUGGCCUAAGGUUUGCUUUCUUUGUUUGAUGAUUGAUGAUUCUUAGCCAUUCUAUGGUACAAUUUGCUUAUACAAUAGGGAGAGAAGAGAAAAAUUGUCAGAAGAUUUCUAUUUUAGCAUUCUACCAACUGAAAUGCAGGAUACUAAUAACGCAUCUUCAGAACCUCGUGGAGUUUUCUAUUUAGAUGUUCCGUCAGCAUCUGUUUGUCUACUAAUCCAAUUAGCUAAGCCUGCAACAGAAGAAGGGGGGGUGACUCCUUCUGUUUAUUCAUGUAAAGAACCUGUGCACUUGACUGAGAGAGAAAGGCAGAAACUGCAGGUGUGGUCUCGAAUUAUGCCUUACAGAGAGUCCUUCACCUGGGUUAUUGUUCCUUUAUUUGAUAAUAGCAUUAGUGGAGCUUCUGGUGGAUCUGCUUCUCCUAGUAGCCAUCUUGCUGCCAGCGUGUCUGGGUCUAGUUCCCAUGAGGGUGUCCUUGAGUCUGUUGCAAAGAUUACAUUAGUUGGGAAGAUGGGUUAUUCAAGCGGAAGCUCUAUUGUUGUUGAAACAUCUAACUUGCAUAAAGUGAAAGAAAGCUAUACUGAGGAGUCACUUCAGGUAUAAUGGACAUCUAACUUGCUCUAUUUUAUUUGACAUUCUAGUUGAUUUCUGGCUUUUAUUUUCUAAGUUUUGCAAAGAAAAGUUGAAGACUAGUUGAAGUCCUUCAUUUCUUCCAUCCCUAUAUGCAUAAUUUUGAUUGCUUAUAAGGUUUAAUGGAGUCAUUACAUGCCAAUAUAAACUGGCUGACGAUGUGGUUAAGGAGAUUGUUGGAGAAAUCUUUGAUGAAAAUGAUUCAAAGGUAAGCCUAAUUACAUCAUUAAUGACCUUAAUGUUCUAUUAUUGAAUCUGUUAUUGGAGGCAAGUCUUUUAAUUAUAUAGAUGACUUUAGAUAUUGCAUUCUAUUAUUCCUCAGCAAGGGGAUGCUAAGAAAACUUGUUGAUGAAGUCCAAAAUAAAUUGGUGUUGUACAU